AUGAGCGAGGUGUCUUCGUAUCUGGCUCAACCGUAUACGGCAGAAGAUGGAGCAAAGACGGAGGCGUUCUCGGUGCACGAGGAGAACUUGGAAAAGCAGCAGACAAACUACUCGGUGCUGUACACGGACAACGAGCAGCGGCCGCCGGUGUUCAAGUCGGCUCUGCACGAGUGCUUGUGUGUAUUCUUGUGCACGUUUGGCCCGGCAGCGGCCAGUAUGGCGUCGUCCAGCUACCAGACACUAUUGCGGUCGACGAGCGAAUACUUUGGGAUCGACGGUGGCCAGUUGACAUGGUCGGUCAGCAGCGUGAUGUUGGCGAACGGGGCGUGCUUGCUCUUGAUGGGCGGGGUGGCCGACGCGUUUGGACGGAAAAACGCCAUGCUCAUUGGGUUCUCCAUGUACGCUCUCUUCUCGCUUAUUGCCGGCUUCAUGCACAACUUCGUUUUGCUGUGUCUCUUCCGAGGCCUGCAGGGGGCGUCUGUGGCGUGUGCCACGCCGGCGGCAGCCGGGUUUCUCGGGUCCACGUACAAAGACUCCAAGCGGAAGAACAUGGCCAUGAGCUGUUUCGGGAUCGGUGCUCCCGUGGGAGGCGCCUGCGGGUUCUUCAUUGCGGGUGUCUGCGUGGUGGCGAUCGACUGGAGAGCGGUGCAGUUCUUCUUGACGAUCCUGUUUGGCUGCUUGGUUAUCCUCGUGUUCUUCUUCAUUCCAAACGACAAGAAGAUCGACUGGAAACACAGCGUGGAGGUGUUCAAGCACUUGGACUAUGUCGGGGCACUGCUAUCGUUGGCGUCCUUCACCUUGAUCUGCUUCUCCUUGACCGAGGUCGACUCGGCAGAGAAGAGGUGGAGAACGCCCUACAUCAUCGCAUUGUUGGUCGUCGGCUGCGCCUUGAUCUUUGUGUUCGUCCUGUACGAGCUCUACAUCCCUAGCCAACCCUUGAUGCCAAUGCAGCUUUUCAAAAGCAAGAACUUCUGUCUAUGCAUGAUAAUUUCCAGCUUUAGCUGGAUGGUCUUCUUCGGCAUGCUAAACUAUAACGCGAUGAUCUACUUCGAGGCCAUCCGCGGAUAUUCGAUCAUGGUCGUGGCAUGUUGCUUCUUGACACAGCCGGUGUGCGGAUGCCUAGUGAACAUCUUCGCCGGUUUCACCAUGCACCGGAUUCCCGGCAGAAUUCUUAUGAGCGUUGGAACCCUCGGGUUCACGGGCUCCGCAAUCAUCUGGGCGACGAUGUCCUUCCACCGCAACUACUUCGAGGGUCCCUUCUGGGCGUUCAUCUUGACGGUCAUCGGAGCAGACCUCAUCUACAACAUCUCCAACAGAGUGACCCUCUCUUCGCUCGAACGGAAGUUACAGAGCCGUGGUGCCGGCACGUUCAACACCAUCAUCCAGUUGAGCUCUGCAGCAGCCCUGGGCUUGAACAGUACCAUCAUCAUGUCCAAAUACCCGGCAUACGGCACCCCGCAACAAAACGACGACCUCUAUGCGCUCUUCCAUGCUACGAAGUACUCCUACUACUUUGCAAUUGCAUUGGGCGGCAGCGCUUUCAUUGUCAGCUUGUUUUUGAAAGUGGGAGUGAUCGGUGGUUCCAAAUGA